AUGGCCAGCUCGGAAAUGCAGCUCCUCGGGUUCCUGCUCUCCCUGGCCGGCCUCGGCGCCACCGCCGUCGCCGCCUGCAUGGUGGAGUGGAGGAGGUUCGACGAGGGGAGCGGACUCCUGCAGCAAACCUACGAGGGUCUGUGGAUGACCUGCACCGGACAGAUCGGGGGGAGGAUGACCUGCGAGUCCUACGAGUCUCUCUUCAAACUCCCCAUUGAGAUCCAGGCCACCAGGUCGGUGAUGCUGCUCAGCAUCUUCCUGUCCGGCGUGGCUCUGAUGGCGUCCACCGCCGGGAUGAAGUGCACGCGCUUCAUGGACGGAAAUGACCGGACCAAAGCCACGGUGGCCAUGGUGGGAGGAAUCAUAUUCAUGAUCUCAGGUGUGUUGACGUUGGCCAUAACCUCGUGGUACGUCCAACAGAUUAUUCAGAGCUUCUUUGGAUCCCGUCACCUGACAAGGUAUGAGUUUGGCAACGCCGUCUUCGUGAGCUGGGGUGGUGCCGUAUCCACCCUGGUGGGAGGGGCUUUCCUCAGCUGUCGCAGGUGCAGCAGGUCAUUGUUGUUCCGCCCAUCCUCGACCCCCGGCACCGACUACGUCUAG